AAGAUCGUUAACUAAAACAUAACCAAGGCGCCACGUGGUUCUCUUUAGCAAUGGUUCUUCUCUGUCGCCUGCCUGCUGUGCUUCGGCGGCCGGGGUACAAAAGGGUAACACCCACUGCCAGAUUGUCCAGUAAAGUUACUACUAAGACCCAACAAUACGCUCCUGUAGUGUACAGUGAGGAGGAUGUGUCUCGAGUACACACACUCAGCCUGAAUGAAGCCAGACAACUGUUCCCUCAUGGAGUCUCGUCAAAACUGGCCACUGAGAUGGAAGCUCUUGGUAACGGCAGUUGGAUAUUAAGGAAAGAGAGCUUUGAGAUCAUUACAGCCUUGAAUCAGGAGAGCAGCACCACUCCAAAGUUUCUACUCCAUGGUUCCACUGGGUGUGGCAAAUCUGUGUGUAUGAGUCAGGUGAUGCAGUGGUGCUCUAGAGCUGGCUGGAUAAUCGUCCAUGUACCUAAUGUAUUUGAUUGGACACACAGUUGUCACGAGCUCCGUCCCUCUCCCCACAAUCCCAACACGUACGAUCAACCACAGGAAUCGGUACAAUGGCUAAAAAACUUCAGAACAACAAACUCACAACUUUUGUCACAGAUUAAGCUAACUAAAGCUCACGAGUGGACUAAACGAGAAAGGUCAGAGGUCAACGAUGAUUUGAGCAAGGUGAUUGAAGUUGGUCUGAUAAAACCAAACAUAGCUACUGAUGUGGUUGCCAUGGUGAUGAAGAUUGUUGCCGAGCAACAAGACAAAAAGAUCGUUUUGGCUGUGGAUAGUUUCAACGGAUGCUUCAAUCCGACAUCACUGAAGUUGGGCAAAGAAGAAUGGGUGUCCCCUCACCAACUAAACCUAUUGACUGCUCUACUGGAGAACACUACAAGAGCUGUGUACCCUGGUGCUGUGUUGCUGGCCCUUUCUCGUACUAAGAUGUAUCGUCACAGUGUCUGUGGUUAUAGUCCUGAAAAACUGCUCGGAGAAAAGGGUUGUGUGAGUGUGAGUGACUGCCAGUGGAUGCAGGUCCCUAACUUAGAGAGAGAGGAGAUGGACACUUGGCUCACUGCCUCUUACCACAACAAGUGGAUCAAUAGAGAACCUACAGAGAGUGUGAGCAGUGAGCUGUGGCACCUCACCUCGGGUAAUCCUGCUGAACUGAGCCGGCUGAGCAGAGCAUUGUGAUAAAAUGUUAUAAACACUAAAGUUUGUCAUUAUUGUGUUACAAGUGUUCAAGUUGUUAGAGGCACGUACACCACAUUCUUUCUGUAAGCAACACUAUACAUAGACUUUGUGUUUUUUUUGUAUUUACAAGCAUAUAAACUGAUCUCACAAUUAUGGUGGCUUGUUACUUCAUAACCAUGCAUCUUUCAAAGCCAUUUUUUUUUUUAGAUUGGUACA